GGGGAAUAUGAUCUGUUAGUAAUGUUCAGUGGUCUUUGUUACAAUAACAGGGGCCAGGAAGAAUUGCUGAAAUCUCACUUCCAAAAUCAACUCCAUAGUCUCCAUAACAGACGAUUCUCUAUGAAGCUACACUCUUUUGCAGCAUUACUUUUUUCCGUACUAUUGUUUCUCCAUCAAACUAUUGCUGAUCUGGAGUCAGACAAACAAGCACUCCUUGAGUUUGCCUCUGUUGUCCCUCAUGUUCGCACAAUCAACUGGAGUCCGGCUACUGCAAUCUGCAUCUCUUGGGUUGGCAUCAAAUGCGAUGGUAACCGUGUAGUUGCCCUCCGGCUACCUGGUGUUGGCCUCUAUGGUCCCAUUCCAGCCAACACACUUGGGAAGCUGGAUGCUCUUAAGACCCUCAGCCUCCGUUCCAACCACCUCAAUGGGAAUCUUCCAUCUGAUGUUCUGUCCCUCCCUUCUCUGCAGUACAUGUACCUCCAACAUAACAAUUUUUCAGGUAAUAUUCCUUCCUCUCUCCCACCCCUGCUCAUCUUGCUUGAUAUCUCCUUCAAUUCCAUUGUGGGCAACAUUCCAGCCACAAUUCAGAACUUAACGCAUCUCACUGGAUUAAACCUCCAAAACAAUUCCCUAACUGGGCCCAUCCCUGUUAUCAACCUCCCAAGGCUUAACCAUGUGAAUUUGAGCUAUAACGACCUUAACGGUUCAAUUCCAUAUUUCUUCCACAAGUUCCCUGCUUCCUCUUUUGAAGGGAACUCUCUGUUAUGUGGACAGCCACUAAACCAUUGCUCUUCAGUCACUCCCUCGCCUUCUCCUUCCCCAUCUUCCAUACCAUCCCCAGCAACAGUUUCUCCAGAGCCAAGAGAUAGCAACAAGAAGAAACUAAGCAUAGGGGCUAUUAUUGCCAUUGCAAUUGGGGGUUCUGCAGUGUUGUGUCUCCUAUUUGUGGCGAUACUGCUAUGCUGUCUGAAGAAAAAAGAUGGUGAAGGUACUGUCUUACAGAAAGGAAAGUCCCUGAGCAGUGGAAAGAGUGAAAAGCCUAAGGAGGACUUUGGGAGUGGGGUGCAAGAGCCCGAGAAGAACAAGUUAGCUUUCUUCGAAGGCUCCUCCUAUAAUUUUGAUCUUGAGGAUUUGUUGAGGGCCUCUGCAGAAGUACUGGGAAAGGGAAGCUAUGCGGCCUACAAGGCCAUCUUGGAGGAGGGAACAAUUGUGGUUGUGAAGAGGUUGAAAGAAGUGGCAGCGGGCAAAAGAGAGUUUGAACAACACAUGGAGAUUGUGGGGAGGGUCAGUUGCCACCCAAAUGUCGUGCCUCUUCGUGCUUACUACUACUCAAAGGAUGAGAAGCUCCUGGUUUAUGACUACAUAACGAGCGGCAGCUUGUUUGCACUAUUGCAUGGGAACAGGGAUCCUGAGAAAACACCGCUGAACUGGGAAUCCAGAGUAAAGAUUGCCCUUGGAACUGCAAAGGGUAUUGUUCAUAUCCACUCUGCCAGUGGGAAAUUCACCCAUGGCAAUGUCAAGUCCUCCAAUGUCCUCCUCACCCAAGACCUUGAUGGCCAAAUCUCAGAUUUUGGCCUGACACCUCUGAUGAACUACCCUUUGGUCACAUCUAGAAGCCUUGGUUACCGAGCUCCUGAGGUGAUUGAAACUCGGAAUCUAUCAAAAGUCCGAUGUUACAGUUAUGGUGUGCUCCUCCUUGAGAUGCUUACAGGCAAAGCACCAGUACAGUCACCUGGGCGUGAUGAUGUGGUUGAUCUCCCAAGAUGGGUCCAGUCUGUUGUUCGAGAGGAAUGGACGGCUGAGGUGUUUGAUGUAGAGCUGAUGAAGGAUCAAAGUUAUGAAGAAGAGAUGGUGCAAAUGCUUCAGAUCGCAAUGGCCUGUGUAGCAAAGAUGCCAGACAUGAGGCCUAAGAUGGAGGAAGUUGUUAGGCUGAUGGAAGAAAUCCGGCCAUCAGACUCAGAAAACCGGCCAUCCUCCGACAACCAAUCCAAGGGCUCCACCGCACAAACCCCAUGAUGGAUUUAGCCUAGCUGCCCCAACUUCUCAUUCCAUUCCUUAAAUCUCAUUCAGGCUGUGCAGAAUGUGUUCAAUUGUGCAAUUUCCUUUUAGGGUUUUAGCGUGUCACCAAAUUUAACUGUAUCAUUUUUUUCCCCUUCCCAUGAUUGUUGUAACAAAGAUGUUUGUGAACCGUUCUGACUUGAUUAAUGUUUGGUGUUGGUGUUUCCAAACUAUUAAGUAAAUGCAUUCAUGAUUUUCUAAA